AUGUUCCCUUCCAAGAAGGCCACUAGUAGCGCCGCUGCCGCUGCCGCUGCUGCCGUGAGCUCAAAUGAUAGGCAGGCGAUGUGCGUGCAGAGCGACUCGGGGUCGGGCCUCGUCCUCACCACCGACCCCAAGCCCCGCCUCCGGUGGACCGUCGAGCUCCAUGAGCGCUUCGUCGACGCCGUCACGCAGCUCGGUGGCCCCGACAAGGCGACUCCAAAGACCAUCAUGAGGGUCAUGGGAGUGAAGGGGCUUACUCUCUACCACCUCAAGAGCCAUCUUCAGAAAUUCAGGUUAGGGAAGCAGCCGCACAAGGAGUUCAACGAGCACUCAGUUAAGGAUGCCGCCGCAGCAAUGGAGAUGCAACGGAACGCUGCCUCUUCUUCAGGCAUGAUGGGAAGAAGCAUGAACGACCGCAGCGUGCACAUGAAUGAGGCUAUCAGGAUGCAAAUGGAAGUUCAGAGAAGGCUACAUGAGCAACUAGAGGUGCAAAGGCACCUCCAGAUGAGGAUCGAAGCCCAGGGGAAGUACAUGCAGUCCAUCCUGGAGAAAGCCUACCAGACUAUCGCCGCCGGCGACGUCGCUGCGUGCCCAGCGGCAGGGUACAAAUCCCUACUAGGUAACCACCACCAGGCGAUGCUGGACGUCUGCUCGCUCAAGGACAUGGGCCCGUCCAUGGGCUUCCCUUCGCUACAAGACCUGCACAUGUACGGCGGCGGUGGCGGCGGCGGCCACCUGGACCUGCAGCAGCAGAUGGAGCGGCCGAUGGAGGCCUUCUUCGCCAGCUGCGACAUUGGGUCGCUGGCCAAGAAAAGGCCCAUCAGCCCUUACGCCGACGGCAAGAGCCCGAUGAUGUGGGGCGACGACGAGGACGGCAAGGGCAUCGUCGACCAGCUCCAGAUGGCGCCGCCGAUGAUGGACGCCGCCGGCAUCGACGUCAUGGACUCCAUCGCCGACGUGUACGGCGAUGCCAAGCCCAUGAUGUCCGGCGACUCCACGGGGAGCAAGGGCGGCUUUGACGUCAAGCUCGAGAGGCCGUCACCGCGGCGGCCACACAUGGGUGGCAGCCCGUCAGUGAUCGGCGGAGGCCAGCAGACGAGGAACCUGUCCUACGGGUAA